UGUGGCAUAUAAAAACUAUUUCUUACUGUAUGUUUGCAUGAAUCAUUUUCAUUUUCCUAUCUGAGUGAAUAGCUUCGAUCCUCGUGCACGGUGCAACUCUCUCUCUACCCCUUUUCCUUCGUAGUCAUCUCUUUCUUCGACCUCUAUAUCUGUGUCAUUCCUCCGCCCGUUUCCUUACUCAUUUACCUCCCCACAAGGGUCUCAACCCUCCCUACCUCUCCCCGUAAUCUCUCUCUGGGAGUUAAAAGAAGUCAUUUUUUGCUAUUUCCAAAGACAGAAAACCCCAAACUCACACACCCUCCCACGCAUCUCUUUCACGCUCAUCGACGACAUGGAUUCUUCUCCUCAGAACUGGCUCGGCUUCUCUCUUUCCAACCACACCAACUCCCACUUGCCCUCUGACUCGUCCCCACUCUCCCUCUUCCAAGCCUUCACCUCCUCUACACCAGGUACUGUUGUCGACGCAAGGCCAGAAGAAGAUGCAACCGCUGGUGCAACGGACCUCUCCAUGUUCACCUCCGGUCCGAAGCUCGAGGACUUUCUCGGCUGCUCCACCAUCACAGCCGGAACUGCAACGCUGGCUCAGUUUUCUAGCGAGACUCCCAUGACGGUGACUAUGUCCGAGCCCGAGAUGUACGACUCUGAGCUCAAGACAAUAGCCGCUAGCUUCCUCCGAGGGUUCUCCACCCAACAGCAAACCCAAGCCCAAAAGCAGCAGGUGGCUCCAGCUGACCUGCCGCCCAAGAAAUCCGUAGACACGUUCGGCCAACGUACCUCGGUCUACCGCGGAGUCACCCGGCAUCGGUGGACGGGCAGAUAUGAAGCUCAUCUGUGGGACAACAGUAGCAGAAGAGAAGGGCAAAGUAGGAAAGGAAGACAAGUUUAUUUGGGUGGUUAUGAUAAAGAAGAGAAAGCUGCAAGAGCUUAUGAUCUGGCAGCUCUCAAAUACUGGGGCAAGACCACUACAACCAAUUUCCCUGUUUCUAACUAUGAGAAAGAACUGGAAGAGAUGAAAAACAUGAGUAGGCAGGAGUUUGUUGCUUCUCUUCGAAGGAAAAGUAGUGGGUUUUCCAGAGGAGCCUCUAUCUAUAGAGGCGUCACGAGGCAUCAUCAACAUGGUAGAUGGCAAGCAAGAAUAGGAAGAGUUGCCGGCAACAAAGAUCUUUACCUCGGCACUUUCAGCACCCAAGAAGAAGCAGCUGAGGCAUAUGACAUUGCUGCUAUCAAAUUCAGAGGCCUUAACGCUGUGACCAACUUUGACAUGAGCCGCUAUGACGUUAAGAGCAUUGCCAACAGCAAUCUCCCCAUCGGUGGAGGCAAAUCAAAGACUUCUUCGGAGUCCGUUUCUGAUAGCAAGAGCAUUGACGGAAGCCGAUCGGACGACCGAGAUCUUUCCUCGGCGUCCUCCGUAGCCUUUGCAUCGCAGCCCUCGACCUCUGCCUUAAGCUUUGCAAUACCCAUCAAACAAGACCCAUCAGAUUACUGGUCCAUUCUUGGUUACCAGAACAGUUCUCUUAACAAUGCUAAGAACCCUAGCCUUGCACCACAUUUAUUCCAGUCUUCUGUCAAUGGUUCUGCCUAUCACAGCAACACCUCAGUACCCUUCAGCAUGGAUUUUUCUGUAACUUCCAGCUCUGCCAACGAAAGCAGUUGUGGGUUCUUCAAUGGAGGUUAUGCUCAGCAGCAGAACAAUGCUACUCCAAUCCAAUAUGCCACACCAGUUACCAUUACUAGUAACAUUAAUGGUUAUAAUGAGAGUUCCUCCAAUUAUGCAAGUAGCUGGAUUGGCCCGGCUCUGCACACAUUCCAAACUCAUGCAAAGCCAACUCUUUUUCAGACGCCAAUUUUUGGCAUAGAAUGAACUAGCGCACAGGAUCAGGGGACGAGAAUCCUGGCAAAUUAUGAAAGCGAAGUGUUUUAACAAAUUAAGCAUAUGGGGUGUCAACUUUAGUUGAAAAUAGAGUGGCGGACUGACAAUCAUAAUUCGUAGGAGCACAGCUUGCUGACACUGUACUGACUGAAGUUCUUUUUUAUGGUCCUGGUGGUUCUUUUUCUGGCUUUUCCAUUUUUAUUAUUUUGCCUCUCUUUUUUACUGACAUGAUUUACAUGGGUAUAACGGGAAAGAAUACUUUUGUAAUCCUUCCAUCUUAAUGUUGGUAUUAAAUUUUCAAUGUGAAAAAUUUCAGCA